AUGUAACAAUUAAUAACAAUACAAUUAUUGAUUUGUUUAACAUUAGCCUCAACAGCUUAAGAUGAUCUUGUUAAAUCAGAUGAUUUGAAAGAAUACACAAAAGGUGUGUUUGAUUUUAAAGGUUAAAUGUAUUCAGGAUACCUGAAAGCUAUAGAUGAUGAUAAAACAUAUUUUCAUUAUUAUUUCAUGACAUCAACUUUUGAAGAUUAAGAUAUUUCUGAAUAAAAUACACCUGUAUUGUUAUGGUUGAAUGGAGGACCUGGUUGUUCAUCACUUUAAGGAGCAGUAAAAGAGAAUGGGCCAUUCGUAUUUAAAGAAGGGACAGCUGAAUUCUAAGAGAAUAUAUGGGGUUGGACUAAAUUUGUAAGAUAUAUCUAUAUUUUAUUAAUAGGCACAUAUGUUAUAUUUAGAAUCUCCUGCUAAAGUAGGUUAUUCAUAUGGUGAUGCUCAUGUAAAUGAUGAUACAGUAGCCAUUUAAAAUUUGAGAGCACUUCAGGAUUUUUUUUAAAGAUUUCCUGAGUAUUAAACUAAAGACUUUUUUAUUUCAGGAGAAAGUUAUGCUGGAAUCUAUAUUCCUCUUUUAGCUAAUUAAAUUUUAUUACAUAAUUAAUUACAUCCUAACAAUAUAAUCAAUCUUAAAGGAAUUAUGAUUGGUAAUGGUUGUACACAUCCUACUGAAUGUAGUAAAGUUGCUGAUAUCUAUCCAAUUCAUACUAUUGAAUUUUUUGGUAGGCAAGGAUUUCUUAGUGAAGAAUAAUAUUAAUUUGCUUAACAUUUAUAAAAUAGUAACAAAUGCUCUAAUCUACAUUAAUUACAUUAGGAAUGUUAUGAUUUUUUAGAUGAAGUUAUUGAUUAAUAUUAUUACUCACCAUUGUAAUUCUUUAUUAUAUCAUUUUAGAGUAUUUCUUAUGAAUCCUUAUAAUGUAUAUGGUUAUUGUUAUAAUUAUAAACCUGAAUUAUAACAUAGAAAAUAUGAUCCUAUGUUAAAGAGAUUCAAACGAAAAAAAUAAUUAAAUGAUGAUGAUGAAGAAUUUGGUUACUGUACAGAUGGUAUUGGAAUGGAUGUUGUAUUUAAAGAUCCUAAAUGGAAGUUAAUUACUCAUAUUAAAUCUGAAAGUCCUGAAUGGGAUGUUUGCACAGGCGAUAAAGAAUUUAUUUAUAAAAAAUUUGAAUAAUAAUCCUAUUAUAUUUAUGAAUCUUUAAUAAAAUCAAAAAAAAUUAGAAUCAUGCAUUUCAGUGGAGAUGUUGAUUCUGUUGUACCUAUAACUGGAACUUUAUAUUGGAUUUAAUUACUAUAAAAUGAAUUAUGUAUACUAAUAUUUAGAAUUAGAACUAUCUACUACUGAAAAUUGGAGAGCAUGGUAUGUCCCAGGAGAAAAAAUAAUUAAUGAACAAUAAAAUGCAGGAAAUGUAUUUUCUAUUGAAGGAUUAUAAUUUGUUUCUGUAAGAAAUGCUGGACAUAUGGUACCUACUGAUCGUAGAAAAGAAGCAUAUUACAUGAUCAAAUAUUUUAUUCUUGAUCGAAAACUACCAAAUAAAUAGUAAUCCGUAUUUUUAUAAUGA